GGUGGGCGGGGCUUCCUUGGCCUUUCAUUAUUGCGGAGGAAGGUGGGAAAAAGGCUGCUGCUCCGUUCCGGUGACUGGCAGAAGGGAAGCAGCCGCAGCAGCCAUGCCGAAACAUGAGUUCUUCGUAGACAUGACCUGUGAAGGAUGCUCCAACGCUGUCACCCGGGUUCUCAACAAGCUGGGAGGUGUUCAGUUUGAAAUUGACCUCCCUAACAAAAAAGUGAGUGUUGAGUCGGAGCAUAGCGUCGACACAUUGUUGGAUACGCUGAAGAAAACAGGGAAGAAUGCCUCUUAUAUUGGAGAGAAGUAAUCACAUGGGAACAUGUGCCUGGUGAGACUACUUUGCUGCAAUAAAGCAAUGCUUAACAAAACUUCUGUAAAAGGACUGAUGUUUAUGCUUCUCUCAAUGCUGUUCCUGGAUUGUAAUUCUCCUGCUGGAUGUUAGACAAGAAAGAACGGGUGGAAGAAGACUGCUCUUGGUGGCAAAAGAGACGUUUUUAUCACAUUUUUAUUUCUCCUCCUUGUAGUACAUAUGCAUUCUUUAAAUUGGCAUUGUAAUAAAGAAAGGAACUGCUUCCAUUUUGAA